AUGAAUAAUCUCAAGCGAAGUGUUUUCUUAGUAAGAGGUGUGCUGGCCGCUGCCAGGAGGCUCAACCUUACCUCGUACUUCCACUGGGUAGCCUCGGAUGGUUGGGGCAAGCAGAGCCACCUGGUGGAGGGACUGCAGGAGGUGGCUGAGGGAGCCAUCACAGUCGAGCUGACCAGCCAGGUGGUGAGAGGGUUUGACACUUACAUGGCCAGCCUCACUCCCGAGACCAACACCAGGAACCCCUGGUUCAACGAGUACUGGGAAACCUUUUUCGGGUGCAAACUGGGACCUCCCGGUACUGACCUGGCCUGCCCCAGUACCCGGAGGAUCAGCAAGGAGGCAGGAUAUCAGCAGGAUCCCAAGGUUCAGUUCGUGGUGGACGCAGUGUACGCAUUCGCCUACGCUCUGUCAAACCUCCAGCGCAGCAAGUGCCCUGGCAUGAACCAUGUGUGUGAGGCUAUGAACAGGUGUGAUGGUGGAGACUUCUACAGAGACUAUCUCCUCAAUGUCUCCUUCACAGGUGUGGUCGGGUCUCAGGUGAAGUUCGAUGAGCGUGGAGAUGGACCAGCCAGGUAUACCAUCUACAACUUCCGCAAGAUACCCGGCACUAGUAGCUACAACUACAGUGUGGUCGGCAGCUGGUACAGCAGGCUGGACCUCAACUUGAGUGAGGUGUCAUGGUCUGACAACAAUUAUACCCUACCCACCUCAGUCUGCUCCCGGCCAUGCAAAGUGGGAGAGAUCAAGAUCAUGCAGCAGGGGGACACUUGUUGCUGGAUCUGCACUCCCUGCAAGGACUGGGAGAUGAUGGUUGGAGAGUUUACAUGCCAGGACUGUGGCCCAGGGCGCUGGCCCUACAAGGAUAAGAUGGGUUGCUACGACCUACCCCACAAGUACAUGCAGUGGACGUCCAUCUUCGCACUGGUGCCCGUAGCCAUCUCGUGCCUGGGCAUCGUUCUUACCCUCACAGUCAUCGUCAUCUUCACCAAACACGAUGACACGCCCAUCGUCAAGGCGUCCGGCAGGGAGCUCUCCUACAUGCUGCUCUGCGGGAUACUUAUCUGCUACCUCAACACCUUCUUGUUGCUGGCCAUGCCCGGCGCCACAAUCUGCGCCCUUCAGAGGUUCGGAGUUGGGUUCGGCUUCUCCAUGAUCUACGGAGCGCUGCUGACUAAGACUAACAGAAUCUCUCGCAUCUUCGACUCAGCGUCCAGGUCAGCACGCAGACCUGGCUUCAUCAGUCCGAAGAGUCAAGUCAUCAUCACCUGCUCCCUCGUCUCCGUCCAGGUGGUAGCGACGGUAGUGUGGUUGAUUAUCGAGACACCUGGAGCCAGGUUUGACUACCCUACACGGGACCAGGUGAUCCUCAAGUGUAAGAUCAAGGACUCGUCGUUCCUGCUCUCCCUUAUCUACAACAUGGUGCUCAUCACCACCUGCACCGUGUACGCUGUUAAGACUCGCAAGAUCCCAGAGAACUUUAACGAAAGCAAGUUCAUUGGGUUCACUAUGUACACGACGUGUAUCAUCUGGCUCGCCUUCGUUCCCAUCUACUUCGGCACGGGGAACUCUUACGAGGUGCAGAUAACGACUCUAUGUGUAGCCAUCUCGCUGUCAGCGUCAGUGGCGCUGGUUUGUCUCUACUCUCCCAAGAUCUAUAUCAUUGUCUUCCACCCGGACAAGAACGUGAGGAAACUUACCAUGAAAAGCGCCCCGUACAAGAAGGGACCGCUCCAGCUCCCCCUCAAUCACGGCUCAGAAGUGGUGAAGCUGCAGACGGUGCCAGGGACGCCCUCCCGCACGGCUACCGAGGGAGGAAGUCAAGGCGCCAUGGAGAACGAGGCACUUCUUUGAAGGAGACACAAGUCGACUAGGAGGCUGCCUGGAGGACUCUUCCCUCCCUCCCUCCCUCCUUACUUGUUGCUUGUGCUGACUCGCGACUUGUGGUUUACUGGAAGAUUCGCGAGUGAGCCAUUGUUAUUUCUGUCGGGCGGGUCGCUGGAAGGCCACUGGAGGCUUCGCUAGGAUGACACGUCGGGAGGUGUUGUCUUUAAUAACAUUGUUCCUGGGACAGCAAGCUUCUCCAAUAAUCGCUAAGGAUGACUUGUGUAACCUCCCAAAACCAGCAUGUAGAGCACUCUUGGAGCCACAGAAAUACCUCUAUGCAACGCUAAACGUAGCAUUUAACCCCUUGCAUCACGUGGGAAAAAAUAGUGCAAAUCACUACCGAUAAUCAGAUGGAGAGAUCGUUGAAUGGACAGUCUUGCCAAGAAUACCAACGAUCUCCGAAAGAUGGAAGGUCCUGCCUUCCGCGUCGAUUUAACACUGGCGGAUAAACACUUGAGUUCUCCAAUACCUCUUUGAAUCUAACAAUUUCAGGGCUCAAGCUCCAUCAGGAUAGUCGAAGAAGAAGCAUCGUGGAACCUCUGCUUCUGCGAUUUUAACUCCGUGAUAUAAAAACAUUGGAAGUGUCUCCAGCGACUAACUUGGCUAUUGUUUUCCUAUUUGUAUGUCCACCAUGUUUUAGCUAGCUCGUUAUCUCCCCGCUCCUCGACCCCCCUCCCCCACAACCUAUCACCAGCCACUGCAGUGUGUGGGUUACUCUACCAUAUCACUAGUGUUACUUGCUAUUGUAAUGUGACAAUAUUAUUUCAGGAACUGCGAGUGUAGAUUACCUGACGCCUGUAAUGGUUUCAUUUCUGGUGAAGAAAUCUACUCAAGUAAUAUGCAACGCGUGUAAAGUGAUGCUGAUAAUUUACGUUUAAGUAAUCUACGUUUAAUGAUGUCUCGUGCGUUUACCUAAGAUUUUUCAGAGUACGUAAGGAUGCGAGAUCUAUUAAGGGUGUUUACUUAUGCGAGAGAGAGAGAUGCUUCGGCAUUAGUGAGCACGAAUGAUUUCUCAUAGAUAGAUAUAUAAUGUCCAAAAUCUCUCAUUAAGUUUGUGCGUAUGUAUUAAACAUCUCCCUGUUUGUGCGCACGGGAGGGAAUAUUACGUAACAAAUAAGAAGCAUGAUACUUUGCAUUUUUAAAAAUAAUCAUAAUUCUAUGAGUGCACAGGAACGCUCGCCUUGUCCUGCGUGGUUUACACGUCAUCAGCACAAUCAGCUGACAGUGGACAACGUAGUUGCAAGUGAUUGACUGUUAUGUUGUUAUUGUGGACCUGUUCCGCGGACUGAACACACUCCUCUAACUCUCAUCAGUGCCAACAAUGUGCAACUGCAAAGCAUCGCUUCGACAUGCAGCUGCAUGGAAGGACAAAAACGGCACAACCAGAAUCGGUAUUUCGGCGAUUCAGCAUUAACUUCCUCCUCGGAGGGGGAGCAACUAAAAAUAAAAGUGUUCUUGUUUUCCCAUUUUUAUAUUUGCUAUUUAUAUCAGUGUCAAACCUAUCCCCGAAGCCCUAAGUGUUACAUUAAUUUAGAGGUUUUUAAUAUUUACUAGAGAUGUAUGCACAAGUGGUAUUUCGAGUACCAAAAGUAUAAGACUGCUGGUGUGUGAGUCCAUUUGAGCUGGACGGUUUGUGACAUCACGGACACAAGAGACAGAUGUCACUGUGCUUCAGGGAUGUCAGAUAAUCUUAACGUACCACCGGAUAGCGAUUGGACAGAUCAGGCCACGGAUUAACCCAGAUACUCUUCAACUAUAUUUUAGAUACAAGAUAAAUUCGACGAUGGAAUAAUGGCUGAGACAGACCGCAGCUACUGCAGGUUGCAAGAUCAAGCACAUAAAAGCAAAACAAAACAAUAUUAAUCAAAAUUGCAAAGUGGGCUCUGCACAGCCCCUGUAUAAAAGUAUUUUUUUUUAUAUCGGGACACAAAAGUUAAAUUAAGUUUUUGAUGAAAUGGUCCAGUAGAUUCCUAAUCCUUGGCGGACUUCGAGAAACUCAAUUUCUAAAAUAAACACUAAGAAAUUAAGCAGAAUUAAGACGUGGAUCGGAAGCUAAGAAACUGGAGAAAAAUAUUAAUAAAAACACUAAGUACGUAACAGGAAGAAAGAUUAAUUAUUGAGAAACUGAAUGGUCCAAACACCAAGAAACUGACUGGUUUAAGAUAAAUAUGAACCACAAGUGAUGCAGAGGAGGAGGAUCUGGCAGAGUGGACGACUGGCAGCUAGACUGUUAGGUACACUCACAGCAGUCACAUCAGCAGCAUGGAAAGACAACAUAUCAACCUCAUUCCCAUUACUAGAAAAAAUUAUUCCGACGAAUGAAAAACUCAAGUCUGAGGAUAUUCUUGAGAAGAAAAAGGAUGACAUAUACUGUUAUUGAUGUUAUUAAGACGUAAGGAGAAUAUAAGUCUGAUGCAUUUAUGAUAAGGCUAUGUAAUGUAAUCUUGCAAUUACCUUACUCUCAGAUUUUCUCAUUUUCUCUCUCAAAAUAUACAUGUCUAGUUUCACAUGUAGUUACUAUGGUGCUUUUUUCUAAUCUCUGAACAGUUUUUUCUGUCUUUCUCAUCAUCAUUCUCUUUGUCAUUCCUUCAUUUUUAAGAAGACAAAUAUUGACAGUAUUUUGUGUCUUAAUAAAACAAACUUGAAACUCUAGACUCAACGAUGGGAGUCCUCCCCAUUGGUCUACAGUUUUGACCAAUAGGAGUCCGACUUUGUUGCUACUGGACGGAUUCUCUUGUUUUUUCUUUUUUAAAUCAAUCGCAAAGUGAGUCUUUGCUAGUUCUCAUUGGUUAAUUGUUUUGACCAAUCACCAUACGCGUCUUCUGACCCUGAGCCCACGGAAGAUGACGAAUGGUCGUUGGAACUGUGUGUAUACUUUGUUGAAUAAAUGUCUGUGUGUGUGUGUGUUUGUGUGUGUGUGUUUUCCUGUGUUUUUGUAUGUAUGCGUGUGCGUGUUAGCGUGCGUAGGUGUCCGUGUGCGCUCGCUGCUGCUGUUUAAAUCUGUAAGUUCGUCAUUGAUACAUACACCGUAAUGCAACAAAAAACACAGAAUACAGGUGGGAGGAGAAACCAACGUAUCUCCUCGAUUUUUUCCGUGUUUCAUAUGGUAGUCUUAGAUAUUCCAUUCUCUCUCUCUCUCACACACACACACACACACACACACACACACACACACACAAUCACAUUCGAUAUUUCUGAAUUUACUUCUAAUUUCGUUAGUGACAUAAUAAAUACAAAUAACUUCACCAUUUUCAACUUGGUCACAAUCUGGCAUGACACCACAAUGUUUUUCAUUCCAAUUUUCAUUUCAUGAAUGACUGAAUAUAAAUGACUUCAGAGCGGCGCACCGCUGUAGAACUGUAAAUAAAAAGUGAUGUUUAUACUUCUUUAGUCAAUACUCAUGCUGUUCUCAAGUGCACCUUUGUAAAUAGUAACGUAGGCAUUUGCACAAAGAUACUGUGAAAGCUUGGAGCAAGGAUCCGUUCUAGACUUAGUGAAAUCCAAUUCUCUCUAUUAGGAUUACGACACUCAUUAUUCUUCCUUCAUCUUACAUCCUCCUUGUUGGAUCUGUGUGCUAAUGUUUAUUACUAUUAUCAUUGUUAUUGACAUUUUUAUUACUAAUAUUACUUUUCUAAUAUUAACACUUGCUUAUUUUGUAUUUAAUAACACAUUCCGUUGUAUGUUUAUGCUUUUUAUUUGUGUGGAGAAACAGUACUGUGUGUGUGUGUGUGUGAGUGAGAGAAAAACAGACACGUUACCACUGCCACCAGAGUCAGACCCGUUGUAUGCAAACUCGCUCUCGGUUUAAGAGGAAAAUCGCAGAGAGAUUUGGUGAACCAUUAAGUGUAAAGUGCGCCUAUGUUUAUAAAUAAAUACUGUGCACGUACAUUAUAGUCCGCAAGGAAAAAAAAUUAUUGGACAGAACAAAUACAAAUAAUACAAUAUACAAACUAGUGUCUGUGAGCAACUGGCU